GGACAUUGGCUCUCUCCGCAAAGAUUCCUGAGAUAUCAAGCUAUAUUGGUAGAGCAGGAUGAUGUGGAGAUUGUAGUCACUAACAUUGUCAACCCAGCUUCUUUUCUCAGCGGGAACACAGGAGAACCGGUACAUCAUGACUGUUUGGAAACCAUCGAAGCAACAUACGCCAGUCGCCCAGACCUGAAAGACAGCCCCAUGGAAAACGGGGAAACUUGGUUCACAGACGGAAGCAGUUAUGUCCUAAAUGGUAAUCGACAUGUGGGAUACGCCGUCACCACCAGCCAAGAGGUAAUAGAAUCAGGGGCUUUGCCCAUGAACACCUCCGCACAGAAGGCAGAAAUAAUUGCUCUAACCCGCGCCCUGGAAUUGGCCCAGGGCAAAGUUGUGAACAUUUAUACAGACUCAAAAUAUGCCUUUGGAGUUGUACACGCACAUGGAGCAAUUUGGAAGGAGAGAGGACUAUUGAGUUCUCAAGGGAAAAAUAUCAAACACGCAGAAGAAAUUCUGAAGUUACUGGAAGCUGUCCAGCUCCCUAAGAAAGUAGCAAUUAUGCAUAUUAAGGCACACCAGAAAGUGAGCUCAGAAUAA